UAUAUAUAUAUAUAUAUAUAUAUAUAUAUAUAUAUAUAUUAUUCACUCCAAAUUAAGAUGGCCGCCAUUCACUUCCUUGUAGCCAUCUUGGCGCUUCAAUUCUCACUUUCAUAUGCAUUUGACCCAAGCCCUCUCCAGGACUUCUGUGUUGCUAUUGAUGAUAUGAAGUCUGCUGUGUUUGUGAAUGGGAAAUUCUGCAAGGACCCAAAGCUUGCCAAAGCCGAAGAUUUCUUCUUACCAGGGCUUAAUAUUCCUGGAAACACAAACAAUCCAUUUGGGUCAAAUGUGACAGCCGUGACUGUUGAUAUGCUACCAGGACUCAACACUCUUGGUGUAUCCUUAGCGCGCAUUGACUUUGCACCCAAGGGCGUGGUCGCACCCCACACGCACCCACGCGCAACUGAAGUACUGGUUGUGGUUGAGGGCACUCUGUAUGUAGGGUUUGUGACCUCCAAUAUUAAUGGUGAAAAAAAUCGUCUCUUCACCAAGGUCCUGAAUCCUGGAGAUGUUUUUGUGUUCCCAAUUGGUCUCAUUCACUUCCAAUUCAACGUGGGAAAGACUAAUGCAGUAUCUUUUUCCGGCCUGAGCAGCCAAAACCCGGGAGUUAUCACCAUUGCUAACGCCGUGUUUGGAUCGAACCCACCCAUUUCUGUUGAUGUUCUCACCAAGGCUUUCCAAGUGGACAAGAAGGUUAUUGACUAUCUUCAAUCCCAGUUCUGAUUUCACAACAAUUACACCAAAAUAAUGGUUGGUUUGUAAAAUAAGCAGAUAUCAUAUUGUGCACUAAAAUGAGUGGGUUGGUUAUGUACUUUUGGUUUUCACAUAAUAAUACAAUGGUUUUCACAUAAUAUAAUUGCCUGAGUUUUAACACUCGCAUUCAGCAUAUUCCUUGACCAUAUUGACCUGAACAAUUUAUAGAUAAUUUAUUAACUAUAACUAGGCUCAUAAUUGAAUUGAAGAUACAUAUAUAUACGCCAAAGACUAUCACUUGUUUUGUUUUUUUUUUUUUCGGAAAAUAAAGAUUACCUCUUAAUUGGAUCGGAAGUACACAACUAAUUGACUCUAUUAAAAGAAACUCAUGUCAUGUAUUUAUACUGAGAUGCAUGCUUAUCUCCAUAAAUAUUUCAACUUUGCAAUAUUGGCUUCAAGAAGCUACCGCUCAUUAUUUUGACCUUUUGAAAUCCAUCCUAUAAAACAUGAUUGAUAGAUCAUAUAUUACUAAAGACUAAAG